GAAACUGGAAAGAAGAAAAAGAUCACAGCAUUGAGCAUUUAUUGAAACUUCAAAACACUAAAAUAUACAAUAAUUACAAGACUUUGUUUGUCUAUAUUUAUACAAUAAAUAUUAUAUUCAACUUAAAUAUUAAAAUCUCAAAUCUAUAAAUGUCCUGCGUGGACGUACUAGGAAUACUUGUGUUCUUUGAAGUUUUGAAUUAACCUUACUUUUGUAACAAUAAAGUGUCCUGUUCAAAUAAUAAAUUUUAACUAACAAGAAAAUGUCAGACGACGGAAUAACUAGUGCAAAAGGCAGAAUACUAGAAAUAUUAUCCGACCUCGAUGGAACAGAUUUGGCAUCAAUUGAAAAGUGGAUAUGUUCACAAUCAUAUAAAAAAGAUUUAAAAAGUAAAAAGGAACUUCAAAAUUCCCAGAAGUUCUUAAAAAAGAUAGGAGAGUCUUUGAAGAAAUUGGUACCAUUUGAAGCUGAAAUGCCAACUGAAAUUAUUGUUCCACCUGCAGUUGGUGAUCAAGCUGAUUGUAAUAAACAUAACACUUACCAUAUUGAUGAGUUUCUUUAUGAUGAAGAUCAAGUCGAGGUAUUAGUUAAUAAAGGAAAAGUCAAAAGAAAUUUUUGCUUAGACUGUAACUCUCGUAAUAUUGAGAAAUUAACAUUUAUAUCACAUUCUAUGUCUAGACAAGCAUUACAAUACAUUUUUAAAGUCUUACUUCCUAAUGACCUGGAGAGCAAAGAACUAAUGGAUGUUGGGUCUCGAUUAGGAGCUGUAUUAUAUGGAGCUUAUUAUUUCUCCAAUGUUUCAAAAAUUGUGGGUGUCGAAAUGAAUAAAGAAUGCUGUGAAGUACAAAAAAGAAUAAUAAAUCAAUAUUCAAUGGAUGUAAAUAGAAUAAAAAUAAUUCAUUCAGAUGUUAUGGAUAUAACUGACAUUGUUGAAUGUACAGAUUUUUUCAUAAUCAAUGUUUUAGAUUUUUUUGUGGAUGUAGAGAAGCAUAAAAAAAUGUGGUAUUUCUUUCGAAAGCAUAUUAAACAGGGCAGUUAUUUAGUAACUAAUAGAAGCAUGGCUGAAACUUUAAAUGGUUUAAAUAUAUUUGAAGAAUUUAUGGACUGGUUAACAAUUUGCAAGCCCUAUCAGUUAGAAAAUGAAAUAUUUUUUGAUGUUGAAGAUUGCAGUGAAUUAUACUUAUAUACAAUAAAUAAGAAAUAGA